UCAUUACAGGUUUUGGCUCCAACUUGAACUGACUCAUCUGAGGUAAUCCUGGUGUCACCAUGUGUCCUGUGCUGCUCCUGGUCCUGCUGAUAGCAGCACUGAACUCAGAAUCCUCUGCCAAUCUACCACAAGACAACUCAGGUCGGAAUUUCAUUGCUGCUUUUCCUGAGAACAUCGCCUACUAUCAUCCUGAUCUUCCCCAAAACAAGGUCCAGAUCACUGCUUUGCAUGAUAACACAGUGAUCACCAUCAAACAGCAUACUUAUGACGUCAUAACAGACACACUGAUGGCCGGACAGUCCAAGGAGUUCACUCCUAAUGUAGGAAUGGAGAUCUGGAAGCAAAAGAUCUCAAACCUUGUUCUCUAUAUUACCAGCACAAACAACAUCACCGUCCACGCCAUCAGCCUCAGAGACAACAGUAUGCAGACUGCUCUGCUUAUACCUGCUGACAAACUGAGCAAUGAGUACCUCAUCCCGCAGAUACCCACAAUCAAAGGAACCACCGACCAGGUCACUGUAGAGGUAACUGAGAGGAACCCAUUCAGGCUCAUCAUCAUCAGUGGGAACAAAGCAACCACAGGAAAUGUUGAAGGUGCACAGGGUGUACCCUUUAAACUUGAAGCGCUGCAAAUCAUGCAGAUCUUCUUAAAUAAAGAGCUUGAAUUAAAAGCUGUGAAAGCCGACCAGCCGGUGGCCGUCUUCUUUUUUCACCCUUGUGCCAUCCAGUUCAACUGUACCUGUGGACUGCUGCACAACAUGCUGCCACCCGCCAAAGGAAGAGACGCUCAAGUUCCUCGUUCCCCCCGUCCUGGCCGGUGAUGCUGACGGUGAAACAUUUCUACUUCUACCAGACAAAAUAAAGCCCCUUGACCCAACCUCACUGCUGGUCGAGGCGGCCGGCAUGGCCCUCCUCUACCGCCCGGGUCUCCUCCUCCCUCUAAUCCCAGAGAUGGACUUUGGCUCCUGCUUCGUGGUCGGCCUUAUCCCUGACACGCAGAGCUUUGCUGUGAUCGUGGUCCACAAGGAUUUCACUGACGGGGUUCGUGUUGGAAAUCUUCCUCUGGAGAGUCCUGAGUGGAAGGAGCUGACAGGGACUGAGUAUGUCUCCACAGAUGUUAAGCUGCUGCAGGUGAAGGUCGUCAUCUGGCACACUUCCUCCACAAUGGCCGUCUACUUUAAGGGAAGCAAGGGAGAUGCUGUGUUUGGGAACCCAGCCGCCAUGCUCAGUAAAACCCCAGAUUUCAGGGGUUGUGUCUUGGUACCAGAGGUCCUAAAAAUCGGUGAGGUGGCAGACGGCUGGCGUGAAUCUCUGAGGUACUGCAGAGGUGAGAAUCUGGACCUGGUCAGCAUGCCCAGUGCUCAACUCGGGGCUCAGAUCUCCAGAAAGGUGUUCGAGGCCAAGGACGACAGCCUGCAGGAGGUGUGGAUCGGCAUGCGUCGCAGCUCCCAGACCGGGGCCUGGUACUGGUUGAACAAAGCUCCAGUCAACGACACCAACUGGAAGGAAGGGGAGCCUGGUAUGGUGGAUGACGGCCAGUGUGCCAUCAUGAGCUUGGAAAAUGAGGACUUUGGGUGGAGUGACGAAGACUGCUGUAAGGCUGCCCGUCCUGUCUGCUACAGCGAUCCCAUCCUCUUACCUCUGUAGCAGGGCGACGAGGGUUUAACCACCAUCAGAAAACCAAACAUGAGGCGUGAUCCCAGGUCUCUGAACUAGAUGUGAUAUGUCCCAAAGUAGUUAAAUUAGUCCAUUUAUACAUGAUAUUAUUCACAAUAUUAGAAUAACUGGUUAGAUGCUUUGCAAUAAUAUGAGAAUUAAUAUUAAAUCUAAGAUGGGAUAUCUGAAAAAUGUUGUCAAAAACCUGAAAGGUGUGAUUAGGGACGUAGUGUUCAGAAACCUACAGACUGCUCAGGGGCCUCUGUAUAUUUUGGUAGUCAUGUAGUUUGAUGGGUUUUGUGCAUUUACUAACUCCUGAAAGAUUUACCACCAGGUUUUAGGGAUUACUCUGGUGUUUUCAAACCUGGACCUUAUUUUCCUAUUUUUCUGCAACGUAAUCCGUUGGACAAUUAUCCAAGUCAAAGUCUGUCCACUGAAGUCCUUGUUUUUACCACUGACAGACUCAGAUUGUUAUUCCUAAGAGUCUGACAACAUUGUGGAUAGGAUUCCUACAGAGACAGAGCUUUUUAUUGGAGGAUUAGAAUAUCCAACACUUUUGUGUAUUUAAUCUAAAAUAGCUUUGAGUUCAUGUGUAAGAGCUGACUCAGUUUAAUCUGUGAUGUUAUUGACUGUGCCAUUAAAAUGUA